AUGGAACGAAAGGACCAGCUGUUUAUGACCUUAAAUUGGAUGAGAGAGAAUUUAAUUGAUUUAAUUAAAUACAAGGAAAUGAAUGAAAAAUUUUCCCUAAGAGAGAAAAUAGAGAAGGAACAUCAAGUAAGAAUUAAAGAGUUGGAACAAACGAUAGUUGAGUUGAAACAUCAACUGGAGUUGAAGAACGCGGAAAUUGAGAGAUGCUUCAAAACAUCUGAAAGAGUUGUUGAUACUAAAUUGGAGAAUGCAAAGCUUGUUGAAUGUAACAAGAAGUUCAUUGAACGUAUUUCUGAAUAUGAAAUGAAAUUUCAUCAAAUAUGGGAAGAAAACGAGCAGAUGGAGUCAAGAGUUGAAAGAACGAUGGAAGAAAAACUUUCGGUAUUGGAGAAGACUGUGUUGAAUCCUCUCUUUUCCAUCAUUAAGGAAUGUGAAGCAAAUAGUGCAAAACUCAUUUCAUUCUCUCAGAAAGUAAAGGCUGAAAGAAAUGAAUUGAGAAGGAGAGUGUCCCAACUCCUCAACCAAAUCAAUGCCAAGAAUGAAGAAAAUGAAAAGCUUCAUAUGGAGUUGACUCAAAUCCAAAGCAGGCAUGAUGAGGCAAUUCAAAAGUUGAAAUUGCAAUACGAGCAAAAGAUCUUACAACUUAAUACCAAAAUUAACUCUGAAAGAAACGCUUCAUACUCAACAGGAGGUCAAACAGCAAUUGAUAUGUACAAAAGAAAGUUACAAGCAGCAGAACUACAGAUUAGAGAGCUUAAAAAGUCUCUUGGUAGUGGAACUCCUCAAAGAAAAUAA